AUGGUUGAACAGUGUGCUCUCCUAGAUCUGUAUUGUUCUAAAGUACAAGAAUUAAAAUUCGAGCUAAAAGACAAAGAUAAGGUUAUAGAGGAAAUCAAACUAACUAUGGAACAAAAUAAUGUAAAUCGUGCUGUUCCUGACACAGCUUUGAAAAUUGCAGCCAUCGUAGAAAGUGAAGAUAAAGACUCUGUGGUACUGGCUUCUUUACUCAAAGAUUUAAUUCAAAAUCGAGGAACCCCAGUUAAGAGAUGGUCAGAUGCAACAAAAUCUCUGUUCGCUAUCAUUCUUGAUUAUGGAGGUCCGGCUCUUGCCAGAAUUGUUCAAGAAAAAAUCGGCGGCCCGAGCCUUCAAACCAUGUACCGCACCGCCAGAUCUAAUUACGCUAUUCCGUGUAAAUUGGAGGAGCAAGCCCUGAGACACGCGAGGUCGUUCUACGAUACCAUUGGUUAUAAUGGAGUUUUUGCACUAGCUGUGGACGCAACUGCAGUUGUUCCCACAACAAGAGUUAAGAAAAAUAAAAUAGUUGGAUUGGCAACAGAACCCGAUGUUAUAGUUAGCUCUGCUCAAGAUAUACUAAAUGUUGUGAAAAAUAGGGAAUACGAGUUGGCCAAACAAGCAAACGCAUUUAUCAUGGCACCACUGCAGGAUCACAUUCUUUCUUUUGUACUGGCUGUUGGUUUUUAA